AUGACAGAUGAAUAUGAUGAGUCAACUUCCCUCAUAAACAGAAGGCCGUCACGGUCAUUCCUAGACGCCCCCAUUGGCUCUUUCAAGGGGCCAAAUUCUUUACACAAUUUUGCUAGUUCCUUCACCCGUGCCCAAUCUUUCGCAGCAUCAAAGAUCGACAACGAUAUUCACAAGGAAAGAUCAUUUUUUGCUAGGGACCCUACAGGAGACGGGUCUGAAGAUGAAACCUUUGACCCAGAGUUGAUGAUUCCGUCCUACCGUGGUGAAAGACUUAGUCUGGUUGUGCAUGAUUUGCAUCGAAACCAAUUGUUUAUGAAUUCUCCCAAUGACCUAGAUUCCGCCUUGUCGCCAAAUAACGAUGUUUUUUACCAUGAUGACAUUGUAAAUGCAAUUAAUGAAUCAAGAUCACGUCAAGGGUCCGACUUUUUUGGAAGCGGCAUACCAAUGGGUAGAAAGAUUCUCCCACAACCUUCGUUUUCAAGUUUUAGAAGUUCCAUAUCUAUGGCCACAACUGCGAGCCAAAUGACAUUAAAAAAAAUAGAGGACUCUGAUGGGAAUGUGAUAACUGUGUUGGCUGGUCAGUCUACGGUAGCUCAAACCGUAUUCAAUUCGGUCAAUGUAUUAAUUGGAGUGGGGCUACUUGCGUUACCAGUUGGGAUCAUGAAAGCUGGAUGGGUGUUUGGUGUCCCCAUAUUGGUUGCUUGUGGUCUUGUUACUUACUGGACUGCAACGUUGCUUUCAAAGGCUAUGGAAUCAGAUGCAACUAUAAUGACUUAUGCUGACUUGGGGUUCGCUGCCUAUGGGUCCAUUGCAAAACUUGUCAUUUCUCUACUCUUUUCAAUUGACUUGAUAGGUGCUGGUGUGUCGUUGAUUGUGUUGUUCAGUGACUCUUUUGUUGGAGUGUUGAGCGAUGAUCCCACAACCACAAAGAUAAUCACGUUUUUCAUCUUGACACCAUUCACAUUCAUUCCUUUGCCAAUAUUGUCCUUUUUUUCAUUACUUGGAAUCUUAUCUACCAUCAGCAUUACAUUGUUGGUUAUUAUUUGCGGCUUGGUUAAGGACACAUCACCAGGGUCUUUGAUAGAAGUCAUGCCAACGAAUUUCUGGCCAGAAAACUACACAAAUCUUCUACUUGCAGUUGGUAUUUUGAUGGCUCCAUUUGGUGGUCAUGCGAUAUUCCCCAACUUGAGAAGUGAUAUGAGACACCCAUACAAAUUUACAAAGUCUCUUCGCUACACAUAUUUUGUUACUUUGAUUACAGAUUGUCUGAUGGGAAUUUUUGGGUUUUUGAUGUUUGGGGCCACAUGCAGCAAUGAAGUUACCAACACGUUGUUGCAAACAGUGGGGUAUCCAGGUUGGAUAUACCCCUUGAUAAAGUCGUUGAUUUGCUUGAUUCCUUUAGCCAAGACCCCCCUCAACGCAAAACCAAUCAUAUCUUCCUUGGAUGUGUUGUUUGGUGUGAACAAAGUCGCAAAAACUAGAGCUAGAGCAGUGUUCAAUUCGUCCAACAAGUUUGUAAUUCGAAUUGGCGUCAAUGCAUUGUUUGUAUUUUUAGCCAUUGUGUUCCCCGAAUUUGAGAAAAUAAUCGGUAUAUUGGGAGCAUCAAUCUGUUUCAUCAUUUGCAUUAUAUUACCAUGCCUUUUUUAUGUCAAAUUAUGUGGCGACAAACUAUCCACACUUGAGUUAAGCACACUUUACCUCAUAAUUUUCGGCUCCUGCGUUUUGGGAACAUUGGCUAGUUGGGCGGUGAUUACAAACUAA